GGUUACUGAUACUUUGCGUCGCCCCGCUAUGGUACUAUUGACAUAUUACACUCAGAGUAGUGCAGACGUAUAAUAGUAGCUGUUUGGAAUGUAAAUAUGACUAAAUUGUUUACCAAUUUUAGGAAAAGUAUGUUUAACUAGCAGCUAAGAGCAGAAUUCUUUAAGGUAGCAAUGUUAUAAAAUUAAUAUCAGAGGUUAAUAAUCUGACUUAAUGUGUUAAGAGUAUAUUGGGAUUUCCUAUUUCCCGAGUACAGCAAUUCACUUGAUUGUACAGUACAGUGAUGGAGGAAUUCGAAUCACCGAUAGUUAUAGACAAUGGUUCGAUUACUUGCAAAGCUGGUUUUGCGGGCGAUGAUAAAUUGCGGUGUGAAGUUCCGUGUUUAGUAGGCCAACCAGGACAUACAGGGGUAAUGGUUGGCAUGGGUCAUCUACAUGCUUACGUGGGGCAAGAAGCAAUUGGCAAGCAGGGUACAUCUUAUCAUUUUAACUGUCCAAUUCAACGGGGUAUCGUCACAAAUUGGACUGAAAUGGAAAAAGUUUGGCAUCACGUAUUUUACAAUGAGCUAAGAGUAGAGCCAGAGCGUCACCACGUGCUGAUUACAGAUGCACCGUCGAAUCCUAUGGUGAACAGGGAAAAGAUGACUGAGAUCAUGUUCGAAAGCUUUAACGUCCCUGGAAUACACAUUACAUUGGAGGCAAUGUUGUCUCUUUACGCAGUAGAUAUUACGACCGGAAUCGCGCUGUACAGUGGAGACGGCCUCACUUACACUAUACCAGUUUAUGAAGGUUUUGUUCUUAAAAAAGGCAUUCAAAGGCUGGAAAUGGCGGGCAGUGAUAUCACUGAUAAUUUAAUGAAAAGCCUGAACCAGCGUGGGUAUACUUUUCUCAAUGCAGCAGAGCGAUUGACCAUCCGAAACAUGAAAGAAAGUGUGUGUUAUGUAAGCCAGGAUAUCGAGCAUGAAUCUGCCACCUAUAACGACCAAACAAAGAAAAGUUACAUUCUCCCAGAUGGACGAGAGAUAUUUGCACAAAACGAGAGGUAUCUCAGCCCAGAGGGCUUGUUCCUACCUAGUAUGUUCGGACUGGAUUGCCCCGGGAUACAGAAAUUAUUACACAAUUCAAUCUUGAAAUGCCCUGUUGAUACCCGUCGUGAUUUUUAUUCAAAUCUUGUUCUCUCGGGAGGAUCAACUUUGUUUCCGGGAUUACCAGAAAGGCUGGAGAAAGAAAUGACUGCACUUGCACCCGCUGGUAUACAUGUAAAAAUAGUAGCUCCACCGGAUAGAAAGUAUUGUGUUUGGGUUGGAGGUUCAAUUAUGGCGUCACUGAGCUCUUUCCCAAAAACCUGUGUUCAAAAACAAGAAUAUGAAGAAACAGGCCCUUCGAUUGUUCAUCGCAAAUUCAUGUGAUAAUUAAACUGUUAAUGUGGAUUGGAAAUAAUGAAGAAAAACAAUAUUGGAUCAAAUGGGAACAGUCAGAUUGCAAAUCUAUUUUUAUUAGAGCAAACUUUUGAAGGAUUGCUAUAUAGUAGGAUGGGGAAAGAUUGCACAUUUUUUAUUCUAUAUUCUCGUAUCGUAUGGUAGUAAAUAAAGAACCAUCAAAGAAUUAUAAAACCAAAUUCUAACGACUUUCAUAGACCGUUGUUAAUUGUUUAAAACACUAUAAGAAGAUUUGGAUAUUAUGUGCUAAAUAUGUCUCACCUUCCCCCACCCUACUAAGUAGGAUCAGGAAAGGUGGGACAGCUUUUUAUUAUAAUUUCUUGUCCAAUUCGAUAAUAAACAAAGCACAUUCAAAGAA